UACUAAGUGUAAGUACUCCUAUCUUUCAGGAAAAACUUUAAGUGAAAGAGCAAUGAAUAGAGCACCUAUGAAUGGACAUUGUCAUCUGUGGUAUGCAGUUUUGUGUGGCUAUGUAUCUGAGUUUGAGGGUUUACAAAACAAAAUCAACUAUGGGCACCUCUUCAAGGAACAUCUAGAUAUAGCAAUCAAACUUUUACCAGAAGAACCCUUUCUAUAUUACCUCAAAGGAAGAUACUGUUAUACUGUCUCCAAACUGAGCUGGAUUGAGAAAAAAAUGGCUGCUACUCUGUUUGGAAAAGUACCAUCUUCAACUGUACAAGAAGCUUUACACAGUUUCCUUAAGGCUGAAGAACUAUGCCCUGGUUAUUCUAUUCCCAACUACAUGUACUUAGCAAAGUGUUAUACUGAUCUUGAGGAAACCCAGAAUGCUUUGAAGUUCUGUAAUUUGGCAUUGUUGCUUCCUACUGUUACUAAAGAGGAUAAAGAGGCACAGAAAGAGAUGCAAAAAAUAAUGACUUCCUUGAAGAGAUAAAUAAACGAAUUUACUCUUCAACAAAUCAGAUGUGGUCUACCAAAACUUAAACUAAUCAAAGUUGUGCUUUUAUUAUCCUUUUCUUCAUUUUUGAUGUAAGGGUAUUGUGCUCAGAUUUGAAGGUAAAGGCAUGUUUCCACAGAAUGCAUUCCACUAGUAGCACUACAAAAUUAUGUUAUUUGGAGAAUCUAUAUACUAUGUCAAUAUAUAAUCUACAAACAUUUGUGCUUUAUAUUUUUCUUAUCAAUAAACUGCAGCCUUCAGAAUAUUUGUUUAAAUAAAAUAUUUAAAUCCAAUAAAAUGAACUUUCAUAAGUAUUGUUUCAAUUGAGACUUAAUAAAACAAAAUAAUUUCAUUAAUGUGGAUGAAAAAUGGAAAACUGAGCAAAGGACAUGAACAAGUUGUUGGCAGAAGAGAAAAAAGAAAUGUAACCAGUAAUCAAAAGACGUAAAUAAAAUUACAAUAAAAUACUGUUCUACCAUC